GGAAGAGGGAAGAAGAUGUGGAGAUUUGAAAGAGCAGGAGAGUAGGAAGACGAUGAGAUGGUGCCAGUACCAGCCAGAAAGAGAGAGCGCGAAAGCAAGCGCGCGAGGGAGGGAGGGAUGCGAUGGGGUUGGUCUGGAAGGACUGGAUAAUUGGAGAAAAUGAGAAUUGAAUCUCGGUCUUUGGGUCUAGUCUCCUUGUGAGGGGAGAGAGGAGGGAAGGAAGGGAAAAGGAAAGGAUAGGGAAAGGGAACAGGAAGAAGAAAUUGGAGAAAGCGCUUUUCCCUCUUCUUUUGGGAUGAAGAAACAACUUCAGAUAUUCUUUCUCUCUCUUUUGAUUCCGUCAAAAUUCUUUUCCCAACUUUUGUUGUCGUCGUUUUCCACCUUUCUUUUAAUCUCCUUCUCCUUCUGCUGCUGUCGUCGUCGUCUCCCUUUGGGGCCCUUCACCAACUAGCGUGCUGUGGGUUUUUUUUCAAUUGGGGCGAGGCCGGCAGCGACGAUUCGUCGUU